AUGCUUGGGGCCGGCACGUUGUUUAUUGGGAUUGCUGUUCCCACUGUGGCCUUCGGGGGCUUCAUCGCCUCACGCAAACGUUUAGCGUAUCAAUGGCGAGAGGAGCUGAUGGACGCGGAGGGCAACAUAUACCCCGCGAUCACAGAAACGGAUAUGGAUUUUUUCCGCCGCGUCUCCCCGCCGCAUCGAAGCGAGGGGAAAGGUGAGCCCUUGACGGUGAAGGAUAACAUUGGGCUCUGUGUUUGCCCCGAUGCAAUUUCUGCCGAUGAACGUCACGUGCUCCUCGACGAGGUAAGGCAUUGGUCCGCGCGCCUCGGACAGAAGAUCGAUCAACGGAAGGUCUCUCUCGUCGAAAGUAGGGCCCACGCCGCGGGGGUAGACAUGAGCUACUACCGCGAUUUGACCAUCAUCUCCGACCACGCCGAAGACAUUCAGUUGAUUAAGGCACCUUGGGGAACGGGUGACCGCAUCAAGUACGAUAUGAUGCCAUCGGCGCUGCGCUACCUGGUGGACAAGACGCAACGAACCUUUAGUGGUGUCGGUCGCCUUCGCCAUGUCUACGUGGAGUAUUCACCCAGUGGUAAGUUCUACCGUGAGCCCCGGGCAACGAAAGCCUUUGACGGACACGAUUACGUCGUGAUUCCCCUUCGACGAGAUCAGCACGCUACUGUCGUUACAUUCUCUCCAUUGCUGCGGUCGAAGUUUGCAUUCGUGCAGGAGGUGCUGAAAAGCUCAUGGACAUCGCGGGACAUUGACGCCAUUGUCCCUUCAGGUGGCGCUCUUCGUGUGUACGGCAAGGCCCGCUACGAAUGGGCUUGGGGCAUUCGACCGUGUAGUGUCUGGUUCGGCCACAGCAGCAAUUCGCUACCGAUCUUGUCGUCGUCGCUUGACCCUUGUGGCUUCAUUGAACGUCUGAGGCGACGACUGUUUUUUCACCCGCGUGUGAAACAGCAGGCGGGACUGGACGCGGCGCUUGUUGUACUUCACUUCGAGGGGCCGCGUGACUCAAAUAAGCAGCGGUCGCUUCUGUUGCAGCCGGAGGGUCUCAUUUUUGGUACACCGCCGACUCCGGAGACGUACGAACGGUGGGUGGAGGAGCGGCCCUCCGAGGAGGCGGUUCGUGAAGGAGGUGUGUUCCUCUUUAUGGUAAAGAACUACCUGGAGAUGUUGCGCGUGAGCUGA